AGCAUACAGGUGUCAAGUCGUUUUAAUGUGAAUGGCGGUAAAGUAACUGGGGGAUAACUUUUAGAUACAACAACUAAUCAUUAAAAUUAUAAUGACCAUAUGCCGUUUCCUGCCCCUUCAGAAUGUUGAUGAAUUACGUCAGGUUCAGUUAUUUACGUCACAUGUUUUAUCUUGUAAGACUGAAAGUUGUAUCAUAAUCGGAGGCCAAGCAUUGUUAAGAACCUCUCUUCUUUUUCAAGCGGCUCUGUCUUAUGCCAGUGACAGUGAUCAAGUUAUUUUUAUAUGUCCCUCGCCACUUAUGCAAAGGCCAUUGCACGUUUCUGGGAUGAUUGAACCAACUCCUUUGGUCCUUGAAUGCAUUAAAAUGGUCUAUAUCACAGAUCCGGCUGGAUUAUUGAAAUACCUCUGUGAAUUCCACAAAACUCAGCUGUUACCUGUGGCUAUUAUAAUUGACGAUUUACAGCACUACAUUUCACAUCAUUCACAAGAUCAGAGUAAAGAAGCAGCUCUGGUUAAAUUAUUUGCAAUGUUAGAAGACACUACAGGAUAUGUAGCAGAGAAAAGAGGACAGCCAUGCCAUCGUAUGGUUUCAUUAAACCAAGAUGUAUGUCAGAAAAAUAUCAUCAAGAGGUUUUUUGGAGAUCUUUGGCAUAUGGAUAUUAAUGAAAAUGAGGGGCAUUUGUUUUUGACCGAUGACCGUGUUCCAGCAUUUAGAGUGGAAUUACAAACAGAAGGUGAUAAACAGAUCAUCAUGAAUAAGAUGUAUAGGCUACCUGUAGUCCAAGAUGUAGAGGAGCAAUAAAUAAAAUAGAUAUGUAAAAUAUUUUUGUGUAUAUAUUUUUAUCUGUGUAAUACAGUUUGUGUAAUGCUAGUAUUAAAUAUUUGUUUUCUUA